GUAAAAUCUAGUGAUAACGUAUAACGAAUUAGUCGUUUUAUUUAUUUAACAUAAGACUAAGGUUACCAAAUUUGUUUUGGUUUCAAACCAAGCUUAUCAUUAACCUGGUAAACAGAAUUAAAUUUCUUGGUCAACCGUUCCAUGAAGACCACCACUUCUUUCAUCUUGAGAUUCGCCGUCGCAGUUUUUCUCGCGGCGGUCCCGUCUUGCUUCUCCGCCGACGAACAGUACGAGGGGUGCCUUGCACCUCUGAGAUGUGGCCCGGGUCCGACGCUGUUGCCAAACGUCACAUAUCCUUUCUGGGGAGUCAAUAAACCCAAUUAUUGCGGCCAAACAGAGUUUCAACUCUCUUGCAAGAACAACCAAAACCUAACUUUAGUUCUCACAAACCUCUCUCUUCAAGUAAUCUCUUUUGAUUUGGAGAAUCAAACUUUAACCGUUGCCGAUGAGAGUUUGUUCGAGGGUAGAUGCCCAAGCAUAUCCCUGAACUUCACCGGGACCAAUCAGUUCACAAUCGCUCCUACAUCCAAGAAGAUUGACCUAUUCAUUUGUCCUGCUCCUGAGAUGGUAAAUCCGCUCUCUUCGUUUACUUGCAGAAAAAGCAACGGGGAUAUGGUAACAUAUUACACGUUUAAGACCUCAGAUUCUGUUACGGAGUGCGUAAAGUUGGGAGAAGUUCCAGUUCUUAGUUCUGUUUUGGAUGAUUUUCAGCGGUCAAGGCUAACAUUAGAGGAAGCUUUGGUUAAGGGGUUUGAUCUUAGGUACAACAUCAGAGAUGGUAGAUCUUGCAGAGGUUGUUUGGAUAGUGGUGGAGUCUGCGGUUCCGAGUCAGUAUCUGGCAGUUUUCACUGUCUCUGUUAUGACAGACCUCAUGCUUUUAGGUGCUACGACAAAGGUGAGUAACAACAGUCUGCAUUCACAUAAUGAAGUAAACUAUUCAUUUAGUGGAUCUAGGUUUUUAAGCAACCCUGUAGUAAAUCCUUAAAACCUUCCAACUAAAUAUCUGUUAUACAAAGUGUAAAACUUUGAGUAGGACCGUUACCAACGGAAAAUAAACAUAGUAAAGAAAAGGUAUUAAAUAAAACUCGUAACAUACUGCAGGUUCUUCACGCACUACAAGAAAUUUGUUCAUUGUUAGCGCUAAAAAUAUGCUAUCUUACGUUAUAGAUAGCGAAUUCACAAACGCUAUGUUCUCGGCAGCUAUGGUAGAGGACACCCA